GAAAUUUCCCUUGACACCGUUUGUACAUGAAGAGCGACAACUCCCAUGCAUAAUGUAGGCCUAUCCGAUAUGUGACUUUUAAAAACAUCCUAAAUGCAUUCGCUUCGUUCUCUAAGACGAAUCAUCAGCAUCUUCAGUCAUAUCAACCCAACAUUCAGAACCGUCAUGACUUCUUCAAAUGAAUGCUCAGCUGGAAUCAUAGUCAUUGGAGAUGAAAUAUUGAAAGGACAGACUGCAGACACCAACUCACACUUUAUUUGUAAACAUCUGUUUUCCUGGGGAGUAAAGGUCAAACGUAUAUCAGUUGUAGGUGAUGACCUGCAAACAAUAGCAAAAGAAAUAUCAGAUUUCUCUCAGAAGUUUACUCAUGUGAUCACAACAGGAGGUAUAGGACCAACUCAUGAUGAUGUCACAUUUGAGGGGGUGGCACAGGCCUUUGGAGACAAGCUUUCCCCUAACCCUGACAUCGUCAAACUGUGCAAAGAGUAUUUUGGGGCUGAGGAUAUGUCUUCCCCCAAAAUGAAGUUAGCAAUGGUACCCAGUACUGCCCGCCUGGUGUAUGGUGUCACUAAGAAAACCGGCGAGAAGAACAAGUUUCCCUUGGUGGUGAUCCGGAACGUUUGUGUAUUCCCGGGAGUUCCUUCCAUACUGGAACGCUCCUUCGUCACAUUGGAGGACCUGUUUAAGAAUCCUGCCGGAAAGUGCUACAUGGAAGAGAUCUACGUGGAGAAGGAUGAGGUGUCCAUCGCCGCAGUGCUAACUGAGUUUGAUGACAAGCACAGAAGGGAGGUAACCCUUGGCUCUUACCCUGAUUUUACCAACAGUUUUUACAAAGUGAAGCUGACUUUGGAGUCAAAUAAGGCAGACUUUCUCAGCCAGGCCAAGCGAAGUCUUAUAGAUAAACUUCCUGAAGGAUCAGUGGUGAACUUCGACAAGGACCCUGUAGCCAAUGCAGCAGACAGGGUAUUCAGUGUCCUCCAGUCCCAGACUAUCGACAAACCAUUCCGAGAUAAACUUCAACAUUCCAUCAACAUAAUUGAACAAAGUCUAGAAAAAUAUGGAUUAGAUGAAACAUGUAUUGGAUUCAAUGGGGGUAAAGAUUGCACAGCCAUAUUACAUUUAUUUCAUGCAGUCAUCAAAAGAAAAUAUCCAGAUUAUGCAGACAAACUAAAAGCUCUAUACAUUAGGAGUAAGCUACCUUUCCCAGAAGUGGAGCAGUUUAUACAGGUGUCGAGAGAUAGGUAUAAUUUAGACAUGCUGAACUUCAAUGGUAGAAUUAGAGACUGCCUUGGUGACCUUCGCGCCCAGCAACCUAACAUCAAGGCCGUGGUCAUGGGUACCAGAAAUACGGAUCCUUACUCUAGUCACCUGGAGGGAUUCUCAAUGACUGAUACAGACUGGCCACAAUUUAUGAGAGUUAACCCCAUGCUGGGAUGGACCUACUCGGACGUCUGGUUCUUCCUCCGGUCACUAUACAUCCCUUACUGCAGUCUGUAUGACCGAGGAUACACCUCCCUGGGGAGCAUGAACAAUACUCAUCCCAACCCUGUACUACAGUUUAUAGAUGACAGGGGCGUGGUUUGUUAUAAGCCAGCCUACCUGCUUCAAGAGGGCUGCAAGGAGAGAGAUGGUCGCAACACGUGACAGAAAUAAACUUUUAAAUUCUGCCUACCAUCAUCUUUCUUAAUGAUAUUGUACUAUAAAACAUUGUUAUUAUCA